AUGCUUUAUAAUUCGUUACCUUUGACUCCGAUAUCAUCAAUUUGUAAUGCCGAUGCUAGCAUACCUAAAUGUGGUGGCUGCCAAGAAUUGAUUCUCGACAGAUUUAUACUUAAAGUAUUAGAUAGAACGUGGCAUGCAAAAUGUUUAAAUUGUAACGAUUGUGGUGGACCAUUAACGGACAAGUGCUUUGCAAGAAAUGGACAAGUUUAUUGUAAGGAUGAUUUUUUUAAGCGAUUCGGUACCAAAUGUGCAGGCUGUGAACAAGGCAUUCCACCCACGCAAGUUGUAAGAAGGGCUCAAGAAAACGUUUACCAUUUGCAAUGUUUUGCUUGUGCCAUGUGUGCCAGACAGUUGAAUACCGGAGAUGAGUUUUAUUUAAUGGAAGAUAAAAAACUUGUGUGCAAGCCGGAUUAUGAAGCUGCUAAAACAAAAGACGGUGUGUGCCUUGAUGGAGAUCAACCAAAUAAAAGACCAAGAACAACAAUAACCGCCAAACAAUUAGAAACAUUAAAAAGUGCUUACAAUAACAGUCCAAAACCUGCAAGACAUGUUAGAGAACAACUCAGCCAAGAUACCGGACUAGACAUGCGAGUGGUGCAAGUUUGGUUUCAAAAUAGGCGGGCCAAAGAAAAGAGACUGAAGAAAGAUGCUGGAAGAACUAAAUGGAGCCAGUAUUUUAGAUCCAUGAAAGAUGGAUCAUCACCAAGAGAUAAACUUUUAGAUGAUAAGGACGAUUUGAGGGUAGAUUUAGAUUCGAGCUUUAGUCAUUCCCACGAUUUGGGAAGCAAUGACAGUUAUGGUACCGUGGUUGACAUGGGACUAACAGUUGAUGGUUCAUCGCCUAGGCAUGGACACUAUCUUCACGGAGGAUCAGCAACUCCACCAUAUAUGUCUAGUCAUUCUCCACCUCCCGGUCAUUCUAGUAUCGGUCAUCAAUUUUCUUAUCAAUCAGAAAGCCUUUCAAUAUACACAAGCCUCGGUCAGGGUCAAAAUAGUGGAAUAUUAGGACCAGGAACAGCUGGUCCACCAUCGGACGUAAGUGAUACGAGUUCGGCACAAGGUUAUCCCGAAUUUCCUCCGAGUCCUGAUUCUUGGUUAUGA